AUGGCUCCCAUCACAGCUAUUAUCGACAAGACCAGCGCCAAUGAUAGCGUCAUAAAACUGUUCUACGCCACCGGGAAAGCCCAGCUUGGCCUUGCCUUGUGGUCAGGCACAAAGGAUGCAGACCCCGAAGACCCAAUCCAGACUCCCCAGGAAGUCGGGAAUGGCCAAUACAUCCUCAACCCGUCUCAGAUGGCGAGUAUCAACUCUCAAGGUAUAGAGAGAGUCUUUGCACUCACAACAGACAACCCGUUAAAGGUCACCUGGGAUGACUUUUACAAUCUCUCAGAGAUUUCUGAGUCAAAGCAGAAACGGCUGGGCGGCGUGGCGAUUGGAAAUACCACGCUCGCUAGCUGUGGCAAUGGAGACGAUGCCUGGGUCUACUACAGCAGAACCUAUGGCACUGGCAGAAUCCUUGUGGAAUUGAACCUCCAGACGUCACAAAGCAUUGAUCUCACAGGAACCUUUGGCCUCUGGAUCAAUUCCUUCGCCGCUGCUUGGUACGAUCCCAAUACUAAGAGACGAUGCCUUAUCUAUGAGACAAGCUCACUUGUAGAGUUUGUUGUCGACAGUGGCUCACCUGCCGCGCCAAUACAGUCAACAGGUGAUAUGCAACGCAACACCCCAGUGGCCGUUGCAUUCGAGAAUGGUAAAAUCUUUCUUUACUACUGUGGGACAGGUGCUGCUGGUGGCAUUAGGCGCACUAUUAAAGCGAACAAUACUUGGGGUAAUUCCACGCUUAUUGACAGCCGUACUAUCUCCCAGGAUAGUCAGCUCACCGUGGUGAGGGCCAGUGGUGUUAACCAUUUAUUUUUUGUGGCGAGAGAUCAGAAUGAGGAGGAGGAUGAUUACUUUGUGCACUAUCGGGAUGAGAUUAGUUAG